AACAUCUAAAAAAAGAUCCACAGCCUGUGUUUUACGCACACGCAGCGCGGGUGUGAGCAGUGUGCAGCUCAGUAGCUUGUGUGUCGCAUGCCAUGGCGGCCUUUCAGCACUCACUUUUACUCCUUGCAGUGGCUGCGGCUUCUGCGUCCGUUGCGGCUUCUGUUUCCUCAGCGUCUGCCUUCUCAUCACCGCGCUCGAAAAGAGGUCUGCUGGAGCUGGCGGGAAUGAUCAAAUGCACCACGGAGAGAUCGCCUUUGGAUUACGCUUUUUACGGGUGCUAUUGUGGACUGGGGGGCAGCGGCUGGCCACGGGAUAGGACUGACUGGUGCUGCCACAAGCAUGACUGCUGCUACGACAGUGCAGAGCGCCAGGGCUGCUCUACCAAAACAGAUCGCUAUGAUUGGAGCUGUGAUGACAGGACAGCUAACUGUGUUGAUUUGACGGACACGUGUGAGAAGCUUCUAUGUAAGUGUGACCGGGACGCCGCCAAAUGCCUGAGAAAUUCACCCUUCCAAAGGAAAUUCACCCUGUGGCCGAAUUGGCGGUGUGGCUCGCGCCAGCCAAUGUGUAGCAUUUACUGACCCAAGCAUAAAUUUAUAACGACGGAAGAAAAUGAGUUUUAUAAUCAAUGGCCAUACACCGUUGCAACAGUGGGCACUUUUUAUUCACUUAAUUACUGAGACACGAAAUGCCUUGUAAUAGUAAAACUGGUCUUUUGGCUAUUUAAGAACAACGAGCUACUGGGGAAACA